AUGUCUGAAUUUCUCGGGUCUCGCAUUUCCCUCAUCUCCAAAAGCGAUAUUCGCUAUGUUGGUACCCUACAUGAGAUCAACUCGGACGAGUCGACAGUAUCACUUGAAAAUGUGAGGUCAUUCGGUACCGAGGGUCGCAAGGGCCGACCUGAAGAGGAGAUCGCCCCCUCCGAUCAAGUCUACGAGUACAUCGUGUUCCGCGGCAGCGACGUAAAGGACUUGCGGAUUGAGGAGCAUCCCAACAUCAAGGAGAACAAGCCUCCAGCUGUGCCAGAUGAUCCGGCCAUCGUUGGCGUAAGUACACUCUACAAUAUUUUCUUUCUCCUUCCUUAUUCCCAUAUGAUGAACUAUUUCGGAUCUCGUCCUGGCGCUCAAGGACCUAACCCCAAUGCUCCACCAGGACCUGGUGCAUUCGGCCAAGGUCCCUACCCACCCAACAACUUCUACGGAGGCCCACCCCCAGGUAACUGGGGUCGAGGUGGUGCUCCUCCUGGCCCUGGCCCUGGACCAGGCCCCAACUUUGGAAACAUGCCUUACCCUCCUCCCCCUGGCUGGUUUCCCCCUGGCCAAGGCUUUCCAGGCGGUCCUGGCGGUCCCGGUGGCCCCAACCCUCCUGGCGGUCCUGGACCUUGGGGCAACUACCCUUUUCCUCCAGGCCCUGGCGGCCCAGGCGGUCCCGGUCCUAAUGCGCCUGCUGAGGCUCCUGCCAACCAAAGAGCGACUCCCAGCUCUGGUCCCUCUCAAGACACAAAGCCAGCCCCCAUUGGCCCCGGUGCUGAUCGAGCCAAGGCUGAUACCCCCGGGCAGAUGGCCCCUCCUACGGAGCCCAAGUCGUUGGCCCAAGGUGUGCGACAACCCUCGCAUGCCCCGACACCGCCUGUCGACUCGAAGCCAUCAGUCGAGGAGGUCAAACAGACUGCUGCUAUUCUGGCGGCUAACGGGCAAGCAAAGGCUGAAGAAGCUACAAAGGCGGCCCCUACUGGACCCAGAAACCAUCGGGUUAAUCCUGUGAUUCCCUUGACUGGAUCUACCGCCAAGCCAUUCUCUCUACCAGGCGUAGGAGGAGAGUCUGCUGGCAAGGCCCCCGCUGCUGUUGCGCCCACCAACGUCCAGGAUGCCACCAGUGCUGCCCGGGCUGCAGUCGCAGUUGCUAUGGCUCAGUUGGGUAACGGUGGUGGCAAUGCCAUGGACAACCUGACCAACAAGGUCAACGAAAUGCGUGUCAACGCUGUCCGAGGCGGACCCGUUGGUCGAGGUCGAGGUCGUGGAGGACGUCCCAUGAACGCCGCCAAGGUUGUCGUGCCUGAUUCUGACUUCGACUUUGCUCAGUCCAACGCCAAGUUCAACAAACAAGAUGCCGUGAAGGAGGCCAUUGCUGGAUCUCCUCUGGAGGCUCCCGAAAAUCUUGCUGUCGCCGAGCACCCUGAGGUUACAACCACGGGUGAAGAGGUCCCUGUUGCCUACAACAAGACAAGGUCGUUCUUUGAUAACAUCUCUAGCGAAUCCAGGGAGCGAACCGAAAAUGGAGGUCAGAAGCCCGGCGGUCGCGAAUGGAGAGGCGAGGAGCAACGCAAGAACAUGGAGACAUUUGGACAAGGAAGUGUCGACGGUGGUUACCGCAACUACCGUGGCCGCGGCAGAGGUCGAGGCCGUGGUGGUCGUGGCUAUGGCCGCGGCGGACGAGGCGGCGCAGCUCGCCCCCAGUAUCCCAACGCACCCCCUCAACAAUAA